UAAUAGGCCUUCACAGGACCAGUGUAGCACUUCAGGUUACCGGUUCCUGUUGGACCUUUAUUACAUCUUUUUGUUUUUAUUACAAAUUGUGGUAAUUUUUAUUUCAAUCUUUUUGAUAGUUACAUGCAUGGCCUGAAACAUAGGAGCCCCUUUAAUAUUUCCCUCAUGUUUGUGUCAGAACAGAAUGACAUCAUCUGGCAUGUGUAACAACAACAUAAAGUAUAGAUGCAGGUUGUUUUUAGUUUUUUUUUUCACUAAAGCAGAGUUGUGCCAAAUACUCUGAAAAGCACAGGUUUAAUCUGCUGUCAUCGGUUCUCACUGGGCUUCAUCCAAAAAUGUUCACCAUAAAAGUCAGGAUGUGGAUCAUUGUUGCAACAGGUGUUCGUCCUUUGUGAGAAACUAUUGUCCACAUGUGCACAGAAGCUUGUGCAUUGCCUGAAACUAAGACACUGCACGUUGGGCAAGCAUGCACGGGGUGAUGGUGACCGUCUAUAGGAGACUUGACUGUAUGGUAACUACCAGCAGGGGGCGCCACCACGCUGUGUGUUCUCCGGCAGCGACGGUGAGAGGAUGAGGGGAGAAGCCGCGUGGGAGAAGUUUGGAAGUUUGACUUCAACGCUUCCUGUCAGAAAGUCUUUUUAUGCAGUGCACGUUGCGGGGGCGGCUAUUUCAACCCAUCUCAUAAACAUUCCCCGACCUUAACCAAACUGUGACUGAGAACUGAAGUCGAACUUGUCUUCAGAGGGUUAUCAUCUGUUCCGACGCUAUAGCAGUUUGUGGGGGAGAAAUCCUGGCUGCCAUGGUGACGACCCGCAGCAGCCACCGGCAGGUAGAAACAUAUACGAGACGGGCAGGACAUCAACCAAAACACGUUUCAGAAAUGAUAUUUUCAGAGGAAUCCGUCAUGUUCGUCCGUGCGGAAACACUGAGCUGAUGCCGGCUCGCCGUUGGUCAGCUCACCCCGCCCUCCGACUCCAGCCGUCACCAAUCAGGUGAGGCGCAGGGAGUGAGGAGUCGAGGAGGAGUUGAUGCGCCUCCGACAGAAGACGUGCUCCUUUUGUCGGUCAGUGCGCGCCAGUGGCGCCCCCGCUGCGCCCCGGAGGACACCGGCGCGAUGGACUCCUCUCUUGAGUUCUCCAACUCGCUGGGCAGCGCGUCGUCGCCGCCGCUCACCCGCUGUCGGACCUUCAAGGUGCUGGUGAUCGGAGACUCCGCGGUGGGGAAGACCUGCCUCACGCACCGACUCUGCGCCGGACAGUUCCCCAGCAGGGUGGAGGCCACUAUCGGCGUGGACUUCCGCGAGAGGCUGCUGGACAUCGGUGGAGAAAAAAUCAAGCUCCAGCUUUGGGACACGGCAGGGCAGGAGCGCUUUCGUAAGUCCAUGGUGCAGCAUUAUUAUCGAAACGUCCAUGCCGUGCUAUUCGUUUAUGAUGUCACCUGCCCCGCCAGCUUCAGCGGCCUGGUUUCCUGGAUAGAGGAGUGCAGGCAGAACUCCGUUGGACAGGAAGUCCCCAGAUUCCUGGUGGGUAACAAGAGUGACCUCCGUGACCCCAGAAGGACUGAGGGCCAGGUGAGCCAGGAGCGGGCGGUGAGCUUCGCCAAGGCCCAAGGCAUGAUGUUUUUUGAAACUUCGGCCAAGAACCCGCCUCUCAAACGUCUAAGUGGACAGCGGGGCGCCGGGGAGGUUUCGUAUCAGCAGGAUAACGUAGAGGACAUUGUCAUCGCUGUCGCCGCCAAACUGAGGCGACAGAAGAAACUCUCGUCAGCGAACGCUGUGGCGCACAACAGCUCCUUCAAAGUCCUGAGCAAGAAAAGAGCAGAGAAAGAGCAGUGGACCUGCUGCUGAGAGACAGAGCGGCGAGACUGCCCGUCUUUUCCCACUGAAUCUGACUUAUUAGCUCUUUGUACGAGUGUGUGAGACGACACGGAAGAUAAUGUUUGUCUUUGACCAAACGCAGCACAUAUGAAAUGCAGUUGUUGUCAGUCCACACAGAACUUUCAUAUUUAUAAAAAAGAAUAGGAGGUGUCCUACUUGGAAAAUUUGUGUAUAGCUGUGAUCUUAUUGUUAACAGUAGCUGCCAAAUAAAGAACUGUGAAUGUCGACAUUA